CUCACGAUGGGUUUGGCGGCUCCACACAUUAAUUGUCAUUCUUUAUUCGAAUUUCGCUGCCCACCUGGUUUUUUCUUACAGAUUUGUCAUUUGAGCCAACUUGGACAUUUUUCGUUCAUUGAAAGUGCCGGGCAUUUUCACCAGAGCAGCAUGGGACAGUGUAAAGUAAUUCCACUUAAUUUGAUCUUAUAUCCCAAUUUGUUCAUGUUUCCCAAUUGAGAUUUCUUCUGCGCAAGAUCCAGAUAUUUUAUUCUGCACACCCCCAACAUUCAAGGCAGUGCAAUGGAGAGGGAUUUUCAAGGGAUUGUUGGUCACUGUUUAGCUAACUCCUUUUACAAUCGUGCAGCUUUCAGUUUUAACUCAGCCCAAUGCAGUAAUUUAUGCUAUGCUUUCAUUGCUAAGCUCUCUCCAUAUUUUUUAAGUAAGUGGCAGAUCUCGAGGCCCGGGAACGACUUCUGCUUUAAAAAUGAUGCAUGGGUUAUGAGUAUGCCAGAAAUGGGGUGCCGAGGAAGUAAAAUUAUGCAGCAAGCUUGGGAGGAAGUGUGUCGUGUGGUGAAGGAAGCAGAAGCAUAUCUCGAUUUGUGCUCAGACGAGAAUUGGGGGAUCAAUUCUCUGAUUCUGCCCAGCACAGGGGAAGCUUAUGCGGUACAUUUACAUGACCUUGUUUGGUCGCUUGUUUGUCUAGAUCUCAAUGUCUUAUUUCUUGAACUUGAAAAGGAGUCUGAACUCUUGCAAUUAUGUGGAGAUGGAGGAAGUUGUUACGAUUCUGACAUGAUUGACCCUGCAUGCAGAGCAACAAUGCACAAAUAUCCUAAUGCAUAUAUGUUUCCUGGAAGUCGAAAUUUUCUCUAUUCAAAAAGUGAUCGACAUUUCAGACAAAUUUGGCAAAAAAGAUACCCUUCAAUCCUUGAUACUAAGCCGAAGAAUAUUGAUGAUUCAUACACCCAAUGCUUAGAUGUGCAGAGUGCCCUGCUGAGGUACACAGAUGAGAGGUACAGUGAAGCAGCCUGCACAAAGAUGGGUGAUUUCUGUGCAGAGAUGUCCAACUUAAAUCGAGUUCACGAUGAGUACCAAGAUAAAAGAGGGUUGAUUUUCAGCUUCGAACAAUUUUUAAAUGCUCACCAACAGUUGGCUCAGGGAUCGUGUCUCAAAAUGAAUGUUGAAGAGGAAAGAAAGGCGACCAUUUCUAAAUUCAUUGCAGCAAAGCUGCAGGCAUCCAUUCGAAAUGAACCUGCAAUUAAAGGCCGUUGUGUAUCUCCAUGGCUGCAGAUCGAUAUCAAAGACUUGAUUAUCAGCCACAAAUCAAUAGGAGAGGGAUCAAGUGGACUUGUACGCGAGGGUUCGUGGCUUGGAUUGAAGGUUGCGGUAAAGGAACUACAAAUAGAUAAUUAUACAAUGGAUGAGGUAACGCUAGCAGAAAUUGAUGUUCAUGCAAAGCUGUAUAAUCCUUUUGUUGUUCAAUUGAUAGGUGUCUGUGUUACAGAGAGAUUUUGUUAUCUUGUGAUGGAAUUGUUGAGCUCCAGCUUGGAUACAAUUCUUAAAGAGAGAUUAGAAAGAAACAAGCCCUCUUUGCCCCUUCCAGUCGCAGUGGACAUUAUGCUUCAAAUAUCACGGGCAAUGGAAUAUCUCCAUAGCCACAAAAUCAUGCACAUGGAUCUUAAAGCAGCUAAUGUCCUCAUACAACCUUCAGCAGUGCCAGAAUUCAGAUAUCAAGGGUAUGGACGAGUUAAGCUUUGUGAUUUUGGGCAUUCCAGUUUGAGACUACACAGUUUUCGUUGUUCAGAUUGGCCAAAAGGAACUUCUCACUGGAGGGCGCCUGAAGUCUUUGUGGAUCCCCAAGAAGAUUUAGAAAUAGAGGCAGAGCCUCUAAAAGAGUAUACCUACAAAGCAGAUGUCUAUAGCUUUGGCAUGACUUGUUAUGAGAUUCUAACAGGCAAGCAACCCUUUGAAGAUGUUCAACUAGCCAAACAUGUCUUCAGAAAGAUAGCUCAAGGUGAAAGGCCAAGUUUGCCUUCGUCCUGUCCACUGGUAUUAGCAGACUACAUAAAAAAAUGUUGGGACACAGAUCCACGCCAUCGCCCUUGUUUUUCUCAAGUUUCAAAUUUUUUGAGGUACAUUAAGCUGUUGAUCAUGAGAACAACUGAUUCUCGUGAUUGGGAUUCCUUAUCUGCUCUUUGCAAGGGUUUUGAUAAACAUGAACUUGUCAAGUGUAGUGGUGAAGGAGGUGGAUUAGAUGAAAGACCAGCCUAUUUAGAGGAAGAAAGGAUUAUAGUCAGAGCCCUUGAUGGAGAUUUCCCUGGAUUUUUCUUCCCCCAUCCUCUUUCGCAUCAGAUGGCCCGACCUUCAAGUCCUAGAGUUGAAGUUUUUGGUAAUCUUCCUGAUUACAUUCAACAGUAUUCUUAUGAGGAAAUUAUGUGGGCUACUGAUUGUUUUACUAGGAAUAUUUCAGAAGCUUCUCGUGUAAUGUUGAGAGGUAUUCUGCAAGAUGGAACACCCGUUACUGUGAAAGAACAAGUCAAAUUAGAAAUUUCAAUGGGCGAGAUAAAUAUAUUGUGCCGAUUGCAUCAUCCAAAUAUUGUCCGCUUGCGUGGUGUUUCAGCAAUUUCUUGGCCUUCUAGUCCACAACAGUGUAAGACCUUUUUAGUCUAUGAUCAAAUGGUAAUGGGUUCACUCAGUGCACUGCUUUUUCGUCCCAAGAGCAUUCUUAACUGGAAUUUAAGGAAAAAAAUAGGCUUGGGUAUAGCACAGUUCAUUGCUUAUAUCCAUGAUAACUAUGGAAAAAGGAGAAAGAGACUUCUGGAUUUACAUAUCAGUUCAAAUAACAUAUAUCUAGAUGAACGAUUUACUCCUAAGUAUUGUGGCUUUGAAUCGGCAAUAUAUAUAAACAAUAGCAAUUCUCAAGUGAAACAAUUGGAACUGGCACUACAGCUUGAAGAAUUUAGAAAUGUAAAAGACUUUGGAAUAAUUCUGUUAGAGCUGUUGUCUGGUUGUAAAUGGGAGGAUAUGCAAUAUUCAUUGAGUUCUAUUCAUAAUUCCAUCAAAACAGAAGGAUCUAAAUUCCUCUCACACUUGUUAGACAGAGAGUUGCAAGGAAAGGUGAACAAAAGGGAAGCAAUGAGAUGGGUGAAGCUUGCCUUGUGGUGUUUCUCCAGGUAUCCAGCGGUGCAGCCUACCAUGAACCAAGCUGUGCUAGUCAUGAAAGGCUUAAAGGAGUUUUCAGCGUUGCCACCUAGUGUGAUUGGAUCGAGUUGAAUGAACAAUUUAUUCACAUGAAGCACUGAAUGUUUAUGUUAAUAGUGUAAAAUGAUUAAAUUGCUGUUCAAACUUCAAACAGUCUCACAGUGGUUCAACAGGUGAAGAUGAAGGGUGUGUCAUGCCAUCCACCAAGAUAUAAUUUAUCAGCAACGAGAUCCAAAUUAGAUCUCGACUUUGACAAAAUGGAUCCUCCUAAUUGCUUAACUGAAGGAGACUUCUGACAUAAAUGUACAAUAAUUCAACAUGUGAUCAGCUACUUAAGGGCAGAGAUGCCCAUUUCUAUGCAACUCGGUUGUAUCCAUAAAAAGAGAGAGUGGCUCAAAGUGGAGCUUCCCUCAGCUUUGACUUGUACAAACCUAUUAGCUAGCCUGAACUCCUCUGCAGCUGAGAACUUUCCAUGUGUAAAUCCAACUCACCUGCUCGGUUAAGCAGCCUCGAAUUCCUGUACUAUUUUUAUUUAUAGAAACAUAUUCAUUAUUGUCAGAACACACACACACAUUUAAAUUUCAUGUCUUUUGUAGAAAUUUGAA